AUGGAGAAUUCUGUCCUCUCGAAAUUCGCUUUGGGUCCGGUGGGUGCAGUGUUAUCUGAUUCGAAAGGGAUCGUUCUGGUCAGUGAGUAUGAACUCAAAUCAUGGGUAUGGCAUAAAUUACUGAAACUAGGCGAUCUUGCGAAACAGUUUUUCAGAAGAGAAGUGAGGAAUGGAAGAGAAACCUCCUUCUGGUAUGACUCGUGGUCGAAGCUUGGCUGCUUGAAGGAUGUGAUAGGAGAACGAGGGUGCAUUGCUCUGGGCAUAUCUGAUAAGGCUGUUGUUGCAGAUGUCCUGAGUAAGCACCGAAGAAGACGACACCGUGAGAGCCGUCUGAAUGAGAUUGAGAAUGAAUUAGAAGCGCUUAGGAAUGGAGACAUAGAUCAUCUCCAACGUACAAGCCUGCCACCGACGAAGAAGUUCCUUAUCCGCUACACCUUUCAAGCUACGGUACAUGCGCUGUGGAGAGAGCUAAAUGCCCGUAGACAUGGAGAACAGCCACAAACUGUGAAUGUCAUCACCAAGUUUGUAGAUAAAACAAUCAGACUCAAGCUACUCUCAGUCAAGGAGCUGGGGCAAAAGUAUCUUGAGGAGAGCUUGACCACUUGGUUUGCAACAAGAGAGAGACCACCAUGA